GUCAAUCGUCAGCCAAUCAGCCACUGGCCUCAGCAUCUAGGCCACGCCUCUUCGCCCCACCACCGAGUGCACUCGUCAGCUGAUGAGAUCAGUUCGCUGAACCAUUCGCCGUCGAUCAGCUCGUCGGACGAGUCCUACAGUCGCACCACUGAUGCAUCUCCCUCUCCUUCACCCCCACCUCCGCAUAUUAGGAGUAGGGGCAGAGGGGGAAUACCCCCCACCACCGCCGAGCAUUGGUUGUUUCCCUCCGAUAUACAGGUGAAUCCAUGCUCGUCGCCAGAACUCUCUCCGCUCGCCUCACACGAUCAGCUGGCAGUGGCUCUCUCACUCCAACAACAACGCAACAUCCAGAACAACAACAACAACCCAGUGACCGGUGACGUCACAGCAGCUAUGACGUCAUCGCGCAGCUUUUCGCCAGCCAAAAACGGUGCGGGAAGCAGCGGCAACAACAAUAAUAGCAGCAGUAAAGGCAGCGGUCGCAGUAGUGGAGGCGCGAGGACCCGCGGCGGUGCAGCCAGUCAGGGCGGUUCGUCGGCGGGCAGUCGGCGCUCGUCCGACAACCAUAAGGUGCGGAAAGGUGGCAACAAUGCCGACUCGGAAAGGAAGAGUGGCAACGGUGGAGGUGAUUCUUCCAUAGCCGUGCAGACGGGGGACUCCACCAGCUAUGCCAGCCUCGACCACAUCAACAGGCACCAACAGAAUCAGCUGAUCAGCACAGGUGUUGCACUCUGGCGGCCGAAAGCCAAACCAACACCACUACCAACACAACCACCACCACAACGUCGACUUCGAGCGGACAUCGACGGUCAAAAGUCGAUAGUCGAUCUAGAGUCGAUAGUCGAUCGAAAGUCGAUAGUAGCAGUCAGACGGAGGCGAGCAAGAAGCAGCAGAUUGCAGCUGAGGCAGAGGAGGAAGAGGAUGAUGAAGAGGAAGAGGGGGGGUGGGACCGAAUUUGAGCGCCAAAUUCGAAAAAUUUUGGGCAGUUCAAGGGUCAAACAACAGCAGCAGCCACAGACCAGGUUUGUUACGGCGUCUGGUAUGGACACAGUUAGGGCAAAGGCGCUGCUACAGGAGCGCGCUCUCGGUCUGCUGGAGGACGAAAAUGGAACUACUAGUAGGCCGCUGUUGAGCAGGUUGGAACCAGAUGAAAGCGAAGAAGGAGAAGAAGAUGAAGAAGAGAGAGAGGCCAACAAAUUGUUUGAGGAGGAGGAGAAGAGGAUAGCUAAGGAAGUCGCAAGACAGGAGGCAGAAGUGAAACGGCUGUUGAAAGAAAGCUCUCGAAGUCUGGGCGUUGAUUCAGAGUGGAGUGAAGAAGAUGUGUGUGAUGUGGAAGAAGAAGAGGAGGAGGAGGAGGAAGUGGAAGAGGAGGAAGCUGCUAGUGAACCGCUGUUAGCUGGAAAAGGAGGAGGAGGUAAGAAUGAGGAGGAGGAGGAGGAGGAGGCAAGUGAUGAGGAGGAGGAGGAGGGGGUAGAGGAUAGUACAGGAUAUACAACGGAUGACCCAGCUCUCGAGAAUAUAUCCAUGAUACAUGAGGCCGGCCUCACGGAUGCUGAAGGUGCGCUGAGCGAUGUGAACUCGGCGUUCGAAGCGGGGCUGAUGGGUGGCGUGAGGAGGGGCUGUGGUGAAGGAGGAGGAGGAGGAGAUGAUGAUAAUACGUCUCUCUCCUCGCGGGCCUCGUCGCGGGUGUUUGGCGACUCGGACGCCAUGAUGAGUCUGGAUUCGCUCAGUGCCCUCUAUGACAGCGACAACUAUGACAACUGCUGCUAUGCUGACGAUCUCAGGUAUUACGGCCAAGAAACCACACCGGACAUCACAAAUCUGGCUGACAUCCGAACCAUGUCGGAGAGCAUCACGAGGAACUUUGGUCAGCCCAGGAGUGAGACAGAUAGUGAUGUCUGAAAGCUCUAGAACAAGCUAUAGUGAGGUCCACGUUAUAAUGGCAGUAUUCGAUUAACAUUGGCGUUGCUAUCCUUGCCUAUCAUUCCACAAAACAGAUAGCAAAUAUAUCAAAUCAUAGUGUUGGGUAUCAAGUUGAGAUGAUACUGUAUCAUAUUGUAUUGAUACUGUAUCUUGUGUGAUGAUACUGUAUCAUAUUGGUUACACUGUAUCCACCUCUGCAAAUUUGCCAGAUAGUUUUUUGAUACUAGAAGUAUAAAAUUGAAUUAAUCCCAAUCAUGAAACUUUGUUAUUAACUCAUUGAAAAAUAUAUUUCCUGCGAUUAAAAUAUAAUUGAAAGAAUUAGACGUUGAUAUUGUCAAUACCACUAUAUCGAUGAAAAUAUCAAUCGAAUAAGAAUAAGACGUUGAUAUUGUCAAUACCACUAUAUCGUUGACAAUAUCAACGAUAAGAAGAAGACGUUGAUAUUGUCAAUACCACUAUAUCGAUGAAAAUAUCACUGAUAAGAAUAAGACGUUGAUAUUGUCAAUACCACUAUAUCGAUAAAAAUAUCAACGAUAAGAAUAAGACGUUGAUAUUGUCAAUACCACUAUAUCGAUGACAAUAUCAACGAUAAGAAUAAGACGUUGAUAUUGUCAAUACCACUAUAUCGUUGACAAUAUCAACGAUAAGAAUAAGACGUUGAUAUUGUCAAUACCACUAUAUCGUUGACAAUAUCAACGAUAAGAAGAAGACGUUGAUAUUGUCAAUACCACUAUAUCGAUGACGAUAUCAACGAUAAGAAUAAGACGUUGAUAUUGUCAAUACCACUAUAUCGUUGACAAUAUCAACAAUAAGAAUAAGACGUUGAUAUUGUCAAUACCACUAUAUCGUUGACAAUAUCAACGAUAAGAAUAAGACAUUGAUUUUGUCAAUACCACUAUAUCGUUGACAAUAUCAACGAUAAGAAGAAGACAUUGAUAUUGUCAAUACCACUAUAUCGUUGACAAUAUCAACGAUAAGAAUAAGACGUUGAUAUUGUCAAUACCACUAUAUCGUUGACAAUAUCAACGAUAAGAAUAAGACGUUGAUAUUGUCAAUACCACUAUAUCGUUGACGAUAUCUACUUCAAUUAUCGAGAAAUACCAAAACAUCUCACCAUCGAAUAAAAUAUAAUUGAUUAUUUGAACCAAAAAAGCACAAUUGAUAUUACAUCUGAUAUACCGGUAUCAGCUAUCCUCUAUAGAAGGCAGAGAAUCGGCAACACUGUCUCCUAUCUUUCUCCACUGCCAUUAUAACGUGGACUUCUUUAUUCAGUGGUUAGACUGACCAUGAAAGGAUUUCUAAAGUGAGUAGAACAAGUUUAUCGUCUACAACAGUUGCUAAAGGAGUACCUACUUUCUAGAGAUCACUUUUUUAGAGCAUCUAGAGCAGUUGUCUAGAGUGGCUAGACUAGUAUUUGUUUAGAGCAGAGAGUCUCUAGAAUCAGCCUUAAAUUUUAUGCGAUUUUUCUGUAUAUUAUACAUCCUAGUAUUAAUGUACUAUAGUAUUUCUGAUGUAAAUGAAGAACAGUCAGCUCAUAUUGUGUUGAUACUGUAUCAUAUUGAAUUUAUACUGUAUCAUGUGUGGUGAUACUGUAUCAUUUUGUGAUGAUACUGUAUCCACCUUUUUCAGUAUUUUUCGAAUGGGAAGCCUUCGUGUUAUUUUUUGUAACUAAUAUUUUAUGACGUUUUCUGCUAUUAACAAAAAUUAUUCACUCGUUAUAUUAUUUUUAGUAGCCAAUAACUGUUCAAAUAUUAUAGUUUAACAAUAAUCUUUUCUUUGUGUUAAUUUUCUAUGCAGCUGUCCAUAUAUUUUUUAGUCUAUCAGUAUUUUUGUAUGUUUGUAUUUUUGGAUUUUUCUUUUGUUUAUAGUGCUUAAAAAUUAUUUUAUCGAAACCAAAGACCUUAGCUUUAUAAUUUCCCAAUCAUUUUCUGUAAUUUUUAUUUUAUUGUCUUUGAAAAAAAUGUUGUAUCCUUCCAAUGAUAAUAUUGUAACCGUCAUGUAUUUUUUCUCUUUGGUGAGAUUAAUUUCAAACUGGCAGUGUUGCUCAUUGAAUAACAUCAGUGGUUUACAUUUGAACAAUGCUGACAGUUUGAUGCUUAAUCAUCUCACUCUAGAUUAUCAUUUAAUUUCCGCAACGACUUUUUUCUAUUCUCUCAUUAAAUUUAACUUUCUAUCAAUAGUGUAUCUCUUAUUUUUACUUACAAAUUAUUAUUUUGUGCAAUGUGCUUGAAAAGGUUAUUAUAUACACAGACCUAAUUUAUUAUUGUUACAAUUAUUUUUUCUAAUAUUUUUUUUUGUACCAAUAUCAUUUUUUCAAUAUGGGUCUCUUUGUGUGGUAAGAUUCACUCCAAACUGUGAGAAUUGAUGAAGUAGGAAACACUGUGCCGGUUGCACAAAAGCCGGUUACAUUUUAAUCGUGAUUAACUCUACGAGAACUAAUCAGAGAAGCCUCAAAAAUCAAAAAUACCUUAUCUGAUUGGUUCUCGUGAAAUUAAUCACGGUUAAAUCUUACUGGCUUUUGUGCAAUCGGGUCUUGGAUUAUCUAUAAGGGAUGCCAGUGAAUCUAACUAUAUUUGUUUCUAUUACUUAAUUUUUUUUUAGUAUAUUUUAUCUCUAUAUACAUUUAUAUUCUCCUCCUCAUUAUUGUAUUAUUAGCAUGUAAUCUAUGUAUAAACAUAAGUGCAUUAAACGUGUCCGUUUUGUGUAAAAAAUUAAAAUGAUAAUAAAUUUGAUAAAAAUUGAAUAACAAGUAAAAUAUUAUAGAAAAGCGUACUUAUCUGUAAAUUUGUGAGACUGCGUUAUAUUAUAGUAUUGUAUUUAAAAUUUCCAAAAAUAUUGUCUCGUAAUCAAAAAAGUAUUAAUGAUCAUUUCUAUGAUAUUAUUGUAAGUUUAGAAAUAAAUUGGUAAUAUUUCUAGUGUUAUAUUAAUAUACAUAGGGUGCAGAAUAUCUUAUUAUUUUUUGAGUUAUACAAUGAGUGAGUAUCCUUGUCUAUCAUUCGACAAAGCAGAUAGCAAACGUAUCAAAUCAUGGUAUUGUGUAUCAAGUUGAGAUGAUACUGUAUCAUAUUGUGUUGAUACUGUAUCAUGUUGUGGUUGUUCUGGUUCUAUAGUGAGGUCCACGUUAUGAUGGAAGAAUUUGAUUAACAUUGGUGUAGCUAUCCUUGUCUGUCAUUCGACAAAGCAGGUAGCUCUAUCCUUCUGCAACUCCGCAUUUGAAGUCUUUGAUAGAACCUAUUUAAAAAUAAAAACAACAUUAGAAUUUAAUAUUAAACUAAUCGUUUUUCAACCAUUUGAGAAACCAGACCUUAUAUUUUCAUUGAUCUUAUUAUGUUCUGUUUUUUAGUUGCCAUAUAGUUGAAACAUCACUUUUGAAAAUAUGUCUAUUAUUAAUUUUUAAUGUAUAUAAUAGUAUUUGUGAUUGUCUCUGCCAAAUGUGUUUUUUUAUUGUAAAGUUAAUAAAAUGGAAUUCACUCGUUA